AAGCCUAUAUAUACCAUCUGAACGGGGAAGGGAAACUCAACCGUCACUCUCUUUCUCGUCUCUAAAAAAUUAAAAGCUACCGUCUCUCUCUCGAUCGACCAAAAUCUCUCGAUCAGAAUUCCCUGAUAAUCUCCAGGGGCGGCGAGAUUGGACCAGUAAUUCGUCGUCGUCGUAUCUGCAAUUCUCAGGCUCAAACGACCAAGGCCGAGGAUCUUCACCGACGAUUCUGAAAGCCGCAGUCGCAGACGUUUUGGCGCUUACUUACUCAAUUUUCCGGCGUCCAUUCCGAUCGGUUCUGUUUCUUCUCCCUCCUCCUCUACGGUUAGUUAGGGUUGGAAAUUUUAAAUUGCUUGAAAUUAAGUUUAUAUUAAUUACGAUAUUGAAAAUCUAGGGUUAGGGUUUCGCUUUGUCUCAAUUUCGUUAUCUUAAUUUGUAUUUUGUAGGGCUUCGAUCUGCCCAAUACUGCAUCUGCAACUGAAAAAAAAAAAAAAAAUAGCUUGAGAAUUGAGAUUAUUAUUAUUAUUAUUAUUACUUUUCUGAUUUGCUUGUUUCGAUUUCAUUUUAUCUUUUUUGAUUUGAUUGGGUUCGAUUUCAUUAUUUUGGAAAAGACAAAAAGAUAAAAAAUUUCCCCAAUUCCCAUAUUCGCAAAAUUAUAUAUACUCAAAAUUCUUGCAUAUUGUAAAUGGGGAACCAUGAUGCAUUAAGCAAUCAAGAUAACGGGCAGAGGUUUGGCCUUACGGGGCCCAUCUCGCUGGCCGGACCCGCCGAGUCUGAUGUGAUCAAGACUCGUGAAUUGGAAAACUACUUGCAAGAUGCUGGAUUGUAUGAGAGUCAAGAAGAGGCUGUGCGCAGGCAGGAGGUUCUUGGCAGCCUCGGCCAGAUUGUCAAGGUGUGGGUUAAGACAGUUAGCAAGGCCAAGGGAUUCAAUGAGCAACUGGUGGAUGAAGCAAAUGCUUUGAUCGUCACCUUUGGAUCGUAUCGGCUAGGGGUUCAUGGCCCAGGAGCAGAUAUAGACACACUCUGUAUCGGUCCUAAAUAUGCAACUCGUCAAGAAGAUUUCUUCGGCGAGCUACAUAGGAUGCUGUCUGAGAUGCCUCAAGUGACAGAGUUGAACCCUGUACCCGAUGCUCACGUCCCAGUCAUGAGAUUCAAGUUCAGUGGGGUGGCAAUAGAUCUUCUUUAUGCGCAACUAGCACUCUUGGUUAUUCCAGAAGACUUGGAUAUAUUACAAGACUCAGUACUACAGGGUGUGGAUGAACAGACAGUUCGUAGUCUUAAUGGUUUCAGAGUUACAGACCGAAUUCUUCGUUUAAUCCCAAGCAUUCAGAACUUCUGCACGACUUUGAGAUGCAUGAGGUUAUGGGCAAAGCGUCGUUGUGUUUAUUCCAACGUUGCGGGAUUUCUUGGUGGUAUAAAUUGGACAUUGCUUGUUGCUCGCAUAUGCCAACUCUACCCAAAUGCCCUGCCUAAUAUGCUAGUGUCUCGGUUCUUUAAGAUAUAUACGCAGUGGCAGUGGCCAAAUCCUGUCAUGCUCUGUGCUAUUGAAGCUGGGUCUCUUGGACUGCAGGUCUGGGAUCCUAUAAGAAACAAAAUGGACAGGCUUCAUUUGAUGCCCAUAAUUACUCCGGCAUAUCCCAGCAUGAACUCUAGCUACAGCGUGUCUCCGAGUACUAAGUGUAUCAUGUUAGACGAGUUUCAGAGGGGAAAUGAUAUUUGUAAGGCUAUGGAAGCAAACGAGGCUGAUUGGGAUACCCUUUUUGAGUCUUAUGCUUUCUUUGAAGCGUAUAAGAAUUAUUUACAGAUAGACAUCACUGCAGAAAAUGAUGAUGACUUUACAGCAUGGAAAGGCUGGGUUGGGUCCCGUAUCCGUCAACUAAUGCUGAAGAUUGAGAGGCACACAUCCGGCAAGCUGCUGUGUCACCCACAACCAGGUGAUUUUUCAGACAAAUCAAGAGGCUUUCAUAGCUCUUUCUUCAUGGGUCUACAACGACGUCAAGGAGUUCAUGCCAAUGAUGGCCAGCGAUACUUUGACAUAAGAGGAACAAUUGAGGAGUUUAAGCAAGCUGAUGUCAACCGUUACACAUUAUGGAAACCUGGAAUGGAGAUCCGUGUAUCCCAUGUAAACCGCAGGAGCAUCCCAAAUUUUGUAUUUCCUGGUGGGGUUCGACUUCUGCGCACGUCUAAAGUAACUUGGGGGAGAAGGCAGGGUUCAGAACCAACGGUUUCUGGAGCAUCUGAACCACAUAAAUUAUGUGAAGCUAAAACUGAUUUAGAUGGAUCAGAUGGCAGGCAGAAGAGAAAGCGAGUGGAUGGUAAUGUAGAAAUUGACUCAAGGCAUGCCAAGUCUUUACGUCCCUGCGGUGAAGAAUUUCGUGAGGGUAGCCCUUCUAUGAGCAGCAGUGUCAAUUCAUGUUCCAUAAAAUGUGACAGUAUGGAUGCAAACAACAAUAACUCCGGAAAGACAGGAAUCCCAAGAGACAUUCCUUAUCAGAAUGAUCAGACUGAAUCUUCGUCAAGGUGCAAUCCACCAAUCGAUAGUCUACCUGCUGCUGCAAAUAUAUCAAAUUCUAAAGAAGCAGAGAAGCUGGCAUUGGAGAAGAAGAUUACGGCUACAAAGGAGGGCGCAUCAGUUGGUACGCCAAUAAACUCUAGCAAUGGAGCUGCUGGUCCUUCCAAUGAUUCAUAUAAUGGGGGCGUAGAGGAACUCGUGGAUGAAUUCGUGGCGCCAUCCUCAAACGGAACCUCUUUUCCACCUGCGGCGCAAAGAAAGCCAAUCAUCAGGUUCAGUUUCUCUACAUUCGUCAAAGCUAGUGGCUAAAGGCAUGAGGAUGUUCAAUGUUGAAACCUCACAUGCACAAUGACAAUGCUCCUUUUCUUUCUUCGUUGUAUUGACAAUUUAAAAGUUAACGGUCACGAAGUUUUAGUUUUAUGUCAUUUGUCUGCGACGGAUCAGGCGCCAAGUCCCUACGCUUGUAAUCUUUCCUUUUUUUAUCAAUAAAGUUAGUUUUCCUCGUAAA